UUUUAGGUCAUGAUGAAGUUUGUGGCUUACAUCACCUUCCUCACCUCUGCAGUUCAUGCAGGUCUGCUGAGAAAAAGAGAAACCUGCCCGCAGGCCUGCGAUGCCUCCCGGUGCCCGGCCCCGGCCCCGGCCUGUUACUACGGCCAGGUGAUGGACGCAUGCGGCUGCUGCGUGGUGUGCGCGGCCGGGGAGGGCGAAGUCUGCGGGGAGCGCAGCGGUGGCGGCCUCCCCUGUGGCGACGGGCUGCGGUGCGACUCUAUCCGGGGUGGGCUCCACAGCUCCUGCGUGUGCGCCUCCACCGGCCCGGUGUGCGGCAGCGACGGCAGGACUUACCCCAGCAUCUGCCGCCUGAACGCCGAGAACAGGAGGGCCGAGCUGGGUGAGACCCCCCCGGUCAUUUUCAUCCAGAGGGGUUGGUGUGGUUCAGGUGAGCCGGGAACAGGUCAUCCAGGAAGUAUGCGCUACAAGUUCAACUUCAUUGCCGACGUGGUGGAUAAGAUUGUCCCAGCUGUGGUGCAUCUGGAGCUUUUCCAAAGAGUGCCAUUUUCCAACGAGGAGCUCUCUGUGUCGAGUGGCUCUGGGUUUGUUGUGUCAGAGGACGGCUGGAUCAUCACCAAUGCUCACGUACUCACCAACAAGCAGCGGGUAAAAGUAGAGCUGAAAAGUGGUUCGCAGUACGACGCUACAGUCAAGGACGUGGACCAGAAAAUGGACAUUGCACUCAUCAAAAUCGAAGCAGAUAGUCCCCUGGCUGUGCUUCGUCUCGGCCAGUCCUCAGACCUGCGCCCUGGUGAGUUUGUGGUGGCGGUGGGAAGCCCCUUCUCCCUACAGAACACCGUCACCACCGGCAUUAUCAGCACUGCCCAGCGCAAUGGCCUGGAGUUGGGCUUUAAGGACUCAGAUAUGGACUACAUCCAAACCGACGCCAUCAUUAAUUACGGCAACUCUGGUGGACCGCUUGUCAACUUGGAUGGAGACGUAAUAGGCAUAAAUACUCUGAAAGUGACAGCAGGGAUCUCCUUUGCCAUCCCUGCAGACAGAAUACGCCAGUUCCUCGCUGAAUCCUACAGCAGACAAGUCAAUGGAAAUACAGCACAAAAAAAGAAAUUCAUAGGUGUCCGAAUGCUGCUGCUCACACCGUCUCUGAUCCGAGAUCUCAAGGAGCGUGAUGGUGAAUUUCCAGAUGUGAGCUCAGGGAUUUAUGUUUAUGAAGUAAUACCUGGAACAGCUGCAUCCAGCGCCGGCCUGAUCGAUCAUGACGUCAUCAUCAGCAUCAACGGGCGGCCCGUCCACACCACGCAGGAAGUGGGUGAAGCCAUUCAAAGAGGCGCAGCGCUUUCAGUGGUGGUGAGACGGAAGGAUAUGGAUGUAUCACUGACUAUCAUUCCUGAAGAGACGGACUGAUUCCAUGGAGUGUAAAAGUCAGCCAUUAAAGAAGAAAUGUACUUACACUGUAGCAAUGGUGAUGUGCCCUGCAUUACCUGGUCUAUUUUGUGGUCAGGAGGGUAAAAUACAGUACAGACUGGCAUCGAGAUGUUUUCAUCACCACAUGUAGUAAGUUGAGUGAGUUUUUUUCCAGAGCCUCGUUCUUACACAACUGUCAGAGAGGAAGACAUUAUCCAAAGUAGACCAAGACACAGUUGUGAACAAACUUCAGUGUUCACAAAUUCCAGUAACAAGCCCAUACACCCUGUUUUCUGUUUUUGUGGAAGCAAAUUAAGGAAAUUAAUGACUGAAGAAAAAUUUGACCAAACAGGUGUUUACACCAAAGAAAUUAACUGCAACAUCUGUCACAAAAUAACUUGUGCAAUGCAAUGAACAUCACAAACUGGUGGUUAAAGUGUUGGUUAACUCAAAUCAAUGCAGGUAGCUAUGGUUUUAUUUUGCUCAGGUUUUUUGCCCCAAUACAAUGGUGCUAGGUGGAGUUCAAUUUGUGGUGCAUUGAAACGUGACAUUUCUGCACCAGCUUGAGACAAUGUAUGGAUUACUCUGGAUAGGCCUCACUAUCAAAAAGUUGCUGAUAGCGUGUUCUGUGAAUUAUCCAGAAUAACAGGGACAUUGGGCCUCAUGCAAGAACAUUUUCAUAUUUUUAUCCUUUUUCCUGCGAGUCGAGUGGUCCAAGUCAGAUUAGACAAAGUUUCUUA